AUGGAUACUCAGACCACUCAGGGCUCUGCUGCCCGGCUUCUGGCCGACCAGUCCCAAGGACAGUGCAAGAGCCGCAUUCCCACGUCCUACGAUAAGGCUGCCGAGGCAGGCCUCGAAGGCUACCCAGCCGCCAAGUAUCCUCACUACUUGCCAACCUGGGACCCGAACCAGAAGUACCCUCCACUGAAACCCUUUGAUCACCACGACCGCGGUAGGGAUGCGGACCCGUCCUUUCCGGAGUUGAUUUCCAAAGAUGUGUCUGUGAAGCACCUCAGCCCCACGAUUGGUACCGAGAUCAGUGGCGUGCAGCUGAGCAGGUUGUCUGCUGCAGGCAAGGACCAGCUAGCGCGCUCCAGUGUCUACUUUGAGGCUCACACAACGUCUGUUGUCUGGCACUCUGACGUUACAUAUGAGGCGCAGCCCCCCGGAAUUGCGUUCAUCUACUUGCUGGAGAAGCCGGAGACGGGCGGUGACACGCUCUUUGCCGACACUGUUCAGGCGUACCGCCGUCUGAGCCCGGCCAUGCAGGAGCGCCUCCACGGCUUGACCGCCACGCACUCAGCUGUUGAACAGGCCAACGCCAGCAAAGUCCGUGGUGGUACCCUUCGGCGCGAGCCCAUCGUUUCCACCCACCCAAUUGUGCGAACCCAUCCAGUGACGGGUGAGAAGGCUCUGUUCGUCAACCCGCAGUCCACUUGGGAGAUUGUGGGUUUUAAGAAAGAAGAGAGCGCCAUGCUCCUCAAGUUCCUCCAAGACCACAUUGCGACGGGCGCAGACUUUCAUGCACGCAUGAAGUGGGAGGACAAUAGCGUCAUUGUCUGGGACAAUUGCAACACGGCCCACACUGCGAUCGUUGACUGGGAGGAUGGACAGAGACGCCACGUUGCACGACUCACUUCCUUGGGCGAGAAGCCGUACGAGACUCCAUAUGCAGCAAGCUAG